AUGGUAUUCAAGGCAGACAGACAGGUAGAAAUUCCGGCGAAAGACGUUCUCUCUUAUAUUUUUGACAACCCUAGUUAUGAUCAAAACAAACCAAUUCUGUACUGCAUGCUUGUACUAGCCAUUAUCGGUGUUGGAGGCGUUUUUACUGGCACCAACCCGUCAUAUACAUCGGCGGAGAUUGCGCAUCAUAUCAAGGCGUCAAAGACCAAAUAUGUGAUUUCCGAACCUGAAAUCCUCGAUCCAGUCAUUAUAACAGCUAAAGAGAACAAUAUCCCACGGCAAAACAUUUGGAUAUUUGAUCCUAUUGGGCAACCCAUUCCGCCUGGCUGGCGGUCGUGGAGGGAACUGCUCAAUUUCGGAGAAGAUGACUGGAUUCGUUUCAAUGAUAUUGACACAAGCAGGAAGACUACCGCAGCUAGACUCUUCAGCAGUGGCACGACAGGCUUGCCCAAGGGGGCAAAUAUUACUCACUGUAAUUUCAUUUCACAGCAACAACUUACAAUAUUUGCGCAUCCAAGACCAUAUCCUAUAUCUCGAGUGGUUGCAUUGCCCAUAUUCCAUGCUGCUGCUGCUCCAUCGACACAUGUUGGUGCUCUUGCAGGGGGCGAGGUCAUUUACAUGAUGCGCCGAUUUGAGCUACAGCUAUUCCUACGCACAGUAGAGAAGUACGGUACUACUGAAAUGCCCACUGUGCCACCGAUCGUUUUGGCGAUUGUAAAGUCACCUUACUCUCGGACACGGCCGUUUCUUAAAAGCGUCAGAAGCGUCACCUGUGGCGCUGCCCCGUUGGAUAAGAGCCUUCAAGCCAGACUGUCAGAAUUGUUGAAGGAUAAUGCGACAUUUAAUCAAGUCUGGGGAAUGACAGAGACUUCGUGCAUUGCCACUAUGUUUCCUUGUGGUGAACAAGAUCAUACAGGCUCCGUGGGAAGAUUGGUCCCAAAUCUUGAAGUAAAACUCAUCGAUGACAAUGGGAAUGACAUUUCAGCCUUCGGGGUGCAUGGAGAAAUCUGCGUUCGAGGACCAACAGUAACGCCAGGGUAUUUCGAGAGCCCACAAGCCAACACUGACAGUUUCGAUAGCGAUGGCUACUUCAAAACCGGGGAUAUAGGAUACUGCGAUGAAGCUACGCGUAAAUGGUACAUUGUCGAUCGCAAGAAGGAGCUCAUCAAGGUGCGCGGUUUCCAAGUCGCACCCCCAGAGCUUGAAGCCGUUCUCCUUUCCCAUCCUCAGAUUGUUGAUGCCGCGGUCAUUGGAAUCUCCCUUCCUGGGGGCGAUGGAGAGUCACCUCGUGCCUAUGUUGUUCGACAGCCAGGCUCUGCGGGAGCCAGGUUGACCGAGGAGGAAGUGAAGGACUACCUGAAGAGCAGACUCGCUAGUUAUAAAGCCCUAACUGGGGGAGUGAAGUUUGUUGACAACAUCGCAAAGAAUGCUAGUGGGAAGAUUUUGAAAAGGAUGUUGAGAGAACAGAGCAAGAGGGAACUUGAAUCUGAAAUCCUCAAGCCUAAACUUUGA